AAGUGUCCGGACUGGAAGGGGGGUGAAAGUGUCCGGACUGGAAGGGGGGGAAAGUGUCCGCACUGGAAGGGGGGGAAAAGUGUCCGGCGCACUGGAAGGGGGGGAAAGUGUCCGCACUGGAAGGGGGGGAAAGUGUCCGGACUGGAAGGGGGGGAAAGUGUCCGGACUGGAAGGGGGGUGAAAGUGUCCGGACUGGAAGGGGGGGAAAGUGUCCGGACUGGAAGGGGGGGAAAGUGUCCUGGACUGGAAGGGGGUGAAAGUGUCUGGACUGGAAGGGGGGGAAAGUGUCUGGACUGGAAGUGG